AUGGGCCACGUGGUGAACAACCGCGGCGUGGCGCACCACGGGCAGUUCGCGUCGCAGGACAGCGACGACGGCUACGCGCCCACGCCGACCGCCCACGCGCAGGGCGUGGCCCUCCAGGACUGGGCGCCCAGCAGCAAGAAGCUGGGCGGAUCUGGCCGCCGCAGCUCGCUGCGCAGCCUCAACGUGUCCAGGGAGGCCGGCUCGCCGAGGACGCCCACCUUCACGGGGUCCGCGCCCGGGCACCCGGAAUCAAGCGUUCUGCCUUCGUGGCAGUCCAAGGUGGGGCACGGAGGCAGCCCGGGGCCAUCCAGGCCCUCCAGGCACGCCAGCCUGCCCGCCAACUAUCAGGAUCAGUGCAACGGUGAAUCAGCGGAUGGCUACGGCCAGGCGCCCAACGGGUACAAUGUUGAAGACCAGUGGUCGAGCGAUGACGAUGAGCCUGGCACGGGCAGGGAGUCCAGGGGCGGCAAUCGCACGCCCACCCACAGGCUGCACUCCUCCAGGAGCGCCAAGCACGACAGGGGCGCUGCGCGAUCGCCCCUGAGGCAAACGAGGUCUGGCGGAGCCCGGUCCAGCAGCAGGGGAUCUGAGCUGGACACUGGGCACAGCGACCGCCACAGGGGUGUGGACAGGCUGAAUUAUGACAGCAAGGUGAUGAGCAGGAGGCACCUGAACUACGACAGCAAGGCGAUGGGGGGGGAGGGGGAUGGUGGCAGGGCGGACCGGAUGUCGCCGGAGUACGGGCGGCAGGCUGGGCAUGGGGAUGACGCGCCCAGGUCUCACAGGGAGAGGGGCGUGAGCAGGUCCAACAGCGGGCGCAACAUCAGCAGCCAGCAGCGGGCCCGGUCCAGGACGCCUCCCAGGUCACCCCACUCCCGCGCCACUCCUAGCAUGUUCGACACCGGGCCCUCUGGGAUGGGUGGGGUAGACAGUGAGGGGAGACGCCUGGAUGACAUCCACCUCAGCGCCCCAGGCUUCCUGAUGGCCAGCAGGACCAGCCUCUACGACACGAAGGACAGCAUCUUUGGGUCCAUGUACGACAUCGUCAUUCCACCCUCACCCCUGGAUGUGCAGGAUGCACAAUUCGCUGCACAGGAGGAAGAACAAGAACCUGUAAACAACAGGUUCAGCUGCAUGCCUGGUCUUUCACCAGCGGCUAAGAAGUCUUCUGGAAAGACCAAAAAGAACCCACUGAAGUGGUUUGUGUGCGGGUUGUCCCAUGCUCCCAAUGAAUUGCCAGCGUCCAAUUCGGCGGACAGGCUGCAGACUGGUGCGACCCCAGAGGUGAACCAGGCCACAAGCAUGCGCGAAAGGGAGCUGUACAAACGGCGUCACGCCGUGCUUCGUAACAGAAUGGAGGCUGUGUUGGGCGAGCAGAAGAAGCGUAAGUCCUUUGGCUUGACAAGGGGCAAGAGCGACGACCACGCCACCAGGGCGCGCCAGGCAGUGCAGGGGGACCUUGACACAGCCUUCAGCGUUGCCCCGGGCAGCCCGUACAGCGCCAGCGGCACAGGGAGAAUGGUGUCGAUCCAGCGUGGCCAGCAAGGCGGUGCGAGGAGGCCUUGA